AAAACAAGAAAACAGAUAUAUAACAAACUGCAAAGAAAUUUCAAAGAUUUCACAUAUAAAAUAACGCAUAAAAAUCUUGCUCCAAAAAUCUAAACGCUUCUUAGUUUGUUUUCCGACGGGGGGCUAACCUCCUCCGACGGGGGGCUGUAGCCCUCUGCCCCCUCUCUAGCGCCACCACUGGCUAUGGCACUGCUGCAGAAACCAUAAAUGGUGAAACCGUACAUUCCCACAAGCCUUAAAUAUUAGAGUUUUCACUCCAUUUUUGAGCCAAUCUUCUGGAGCUUCAAAGACAGGAACUAAUUAGGGAGAGGUUUAUUAGAAAGGAGGCUUAUCAGAGAGGAGGCUUAUAGAAAAUUUUAAUCAAUUGUUGUUUAUCUUGUCCCAAUGAAAACAUAGUUAAUGGUUCUGCUUUCAUCUCAUCUUCAUCACAAUCAUCAAGGUCAAAGAUUUUUAAAAACAAGAGAGAUUUUUGGGGGACAACUUUUCGAAGAAUCCUCUCCUGUUGAUGUUUGAAAAGGAGGUUGAUAUUGAAUUGAAUUGUUCUUGUUUUGGCGGUCGUUCUGAAAAUGAACAAAAUGAAGAAACUUAGAACAUAUGGAAAACAUGGAAGGAGAGAAGUCUUUGUAAAGCGAGACAAAUUUAGCGAAAUUAUCGAUGAAAGUUUUUCAAGUUCCCCUGUGAAUGUCGCUUUCAAUGCUGCUAACGGAUGGUGCAGGCCAAAAAUUGUUGAUUUGUCUGCUGACUUGUUCAACAAUUCACUUGAUGAUGAUACACUCAGCUCUGAAGAUCACAGCAUUUUAAAAUAUGAUGAAAGAUCUGGUGCUAAAAAUGAUGCAGAAAAGUAUUAUACAGCUUCCACUCCCUGCACUACACAGACCUUUGAUGCAUCCUCACUUCUUCAAGAUUCUUCUUGUAAAAGUUCUCCGGUGUCUAGCAAAAUUCACAGAAGUCAAAUCUCAUUUUUUGAGGCACUGACACCUUAUAGACUUGCAAAACAAAUUGAUCCUGCUAGCAAUAAUCAGCUACAACCAGUGUGGAUUGAACAGCAAUGCACUGCAAAAGAAAAGGUUUUAGCUUUUUGUGGACAGCAAUCAAUCAUCGAUUUUUCUGAUUAUAUGGAAAACAAAUCUAUAGUUAAGAAAAUUGGUGAAGGUGUUUAUGGAGAGGUAUACGAGACAAUUUUUGAAGAGGAGCAUUUUGCAAUAAAGAUUGUUCCUGUGGAGGGAGACCUAAAAGUAAAUGGGCAGACACAAAAAGGUUUCAAGGAUAUGUUGACAGAAAUAGCCAUCUCCAAAGAACUAAGUGCCUUAAAUGAGAAGGAUGAACAUGGGAACCAAAUCACCAGCUAUAUCAGAGUUCAUCGUACGGUCUGCUGUAAAGGCUGCUACCCGUCAGAGCUUCUAAUGGCAUGGCUGACUUGGGACGACGAACAAAAAUCAGAGAAUGACAACCCUUCAAUGUUGAAUGAAGAUCAAAUAUUUGUCAUAUUUGAAACUGAGCUUGGUGGCAAGUCCUUAGAAGAUUACAAAAGAAUUAAUUUUUCUAUAGCAAAAAGCAUUUUAUACCAGGUAACUGCAGCUUUAGCAGUCGGUGAAAAGGCGUUGAAAUUCGAACACCGAGACCUCCACUGGGGAAACUUGCUGAUAAGAAGUACAAGAAAUUCAUCGUUGCCUUUUCAUAUCGAAAAUGAAUCUAGGAUGAUUGAAACUGCUGGGGUACAAGUCGAUAUUAUUGAUUUCACUUUGUCAAGGCUUGAUAAAGAUGAUUGCGUUGUUUUCUGUAACUUAGAAGAAGAAGAAGAUCUCUUUCAAGGAAGCGGAGAUUAUCAGUUUGACAUCUACAGAAUGAUGCAAGAAGAAAAUAACAAUCAGUGGACGGAUUUUCACCCGCGUACCAACGUCAUGUGGAUUCAUUAUCUUGCAGAGAAAAUUAUCAGCGACAAGCUUAAACGAGGCGUCAAGAAAAUAUCAAGCUUCUCUCAACGAAUACUGACUUAUAAUUCUGCUUUUGAGCUUUUAAAUGACGAGUUUUUUACAACGUAAUUUCACGCAAACUAAUUUAUAUGUUAGGACUAUUUGUGACAGGAAAGACUUUGGUGACAGGGAAUGCCCACCACUUUAUAAGAAUUAUCAUCAUUGAGCGUUGAAGUAGUUGAAAAUUCAGGAUUAAGUCUUGAGUUCGAAUAAGCGAAAAUCAACCAAAUCACAUGUAGGAAUAAUGAUUAAAUACUGAAAACAAAACAUUCGUUCAGUUUAUAUAUUGGUGUAAAACGAUUGCCUGGCACGUGAUAAAUCAUUGUAAAUGUUCCAUACACCAUAUUCGCUCGAGCUAAAUUGUAAAUGCAAAUCAAUAUCAUACCUUUACACAGUAUUUGUCCUUUAGUCUCUUUUGAAAUAUUAUCCUCUCUUUUAGCUGAAAAGCGAAAGGACAAGGCAUACUAUGCAAGCUCUAUGGCAUAUUAAAGAUUAAUUUUUGCUCUAUGCUACUGCUAUGCUAUACCGCGGGGCUGCACAGCAUACUUUGCUCCCUGGGGGUCGUAUUUGGUAACACCAUUUCGUGCGGGAUGAUGUUGUAUUUUCCUUUUUAAAGAUUGACUCUUUUUAUCGGGGAUCCUUAUUUGCAAAUGUGCCCCCAUUGAAUUAUGUCAGAGAACGGUAUGUUUGUGUGCUUACAGCUUGUGGAUGCCUGAUAUAUGCUACAAAUGUUCCAGCCACAUACGGUCAAUUUACCCCUUCGAAAACAAGAAUCGAAUUUUUUUCAAUUGGUUAUAACAAAUCUUCAAUGACUUAUACGACUUUAGCUUAGCUCUGAGUUUGUCUUACCUGAUUAACAAAACGCUCUAAGAAAGUGGAGCCACAAGAAAAUGCCCCAUUUGAUACCCUAUGUAAUUACAAUCAAUUAACAGCUUGAGAAAUUACUCGCAUUGUGCAAAGCUGUAAGUAUACUGUAUCUCCAGUGGUUGAUACGCUGAAACUCAGAAAUGGUCAUAGAAAAGCGCUUAAAACAAGCUAAAAGGCCUACUGCAAAGUAAUUGUGCCAAACAAACUACUAGAAAUCGAUUCACAAGCUUCGAAGUCAGUCAAAUUCUUUACUGCCAUUAAAUAAGGGCACUUUCUUGAAAUACCAUAUAUAAUAUUCUUUUCUCACCUGCAACAUUAAAGGCCGACGUAUUCUUGUUCCACCUAAUCUUUCUUCAAUAAACAACGCUGUGAAAUGAUUUGCGCGUCGCCAUCCACGCCUUUCAAUACAAGCUUACGAAAUAUUUCCAAAAGUUAUUUCUUGCACGUGAAAUGGGAAUUUCAAAACUUUUAUGGAUAGGCGUUGUAUCGUCUCCGUUUUCACUCUUACCACCCCGUCGUGACUGAUUUCUAAUUCAUAAGUUUAUACUCAUUUGCAUAAGAAGAAUGUCAUUAAAAUUGCAAAGUUGCGAAGCUCGUGCAAGCUUUUUUCACUUCAUAAAAAGGUUGCUUGUUCUUGGUAUAUGGAGAUUUUCCAUUGAAAAUCUUUUAUUAGGCCCCAUACCUAUGCACGUGCAAAUGAUUUUUGCAAUUUAACGUCUCCCUUAUGACAUUCCUAUCCGUAGUCUGGCCGUAAGUGUCAUUACAAGAUGCAAUCUUCAUCUUUUUCAAUCGAACUUCAGCUAAUUCUGUCAAAUUUGAAAAAACACUGCUCAAAAUUUUACGAACUCAGAAACUACUGAGGAAGAUUUUACUACAGACUUACCAGUAUCCCAUUAAAAAAUAGCUCUCUUUUCAGAGUAUUAUCGCCCUCAAAUUAUUUCAAGAAUAAAUUAUUCAAAUAAAUUAUUCAAGAAAUGAUACUAUGUACUGUAGAAAGCUUUAAUGCAUGCAUUGAAAAUUUAAACAGUCAUUAAGUCAUUAUAACAGUCAUUAUAACUUGACAUUAACACCGAAUAAUCUGUAAACAGUGUGAAUUAUAAGUCCAUAACAAGUGCCAAACAUGCAAAUUACAAUAAAGAAAAUUACGAUUCCAGUUAAAAUAUAUUCAUGUGGCUUAGAGUGUUUGGAAUCGAUGGAAGAUACCAGAGGAAUAAUAACGCAGACAGCGACUGCCAAAAACGUGUUCGUGAAAAUAAGGGCGUCUUCAAUUCCAUUUGAGGCAACGGCAACUAAGACCACCAUGAUACUUGUAAACAAACGGACCAGGCAGCAAUGACAUUUGUUAUCUGCAAAUGAAACAUUAACAACAUUUCAUAUCAUUGUUGAG